UUUCAUACAUAGGGUUUGGAAUGUUGAUAUUUAAAUUCUCUGUAUUGUGGUAAUAAAUAGUGAGUGUGAUUAUUUCUGUUAAUGGUGGGGCAUGGUUUAGAUGAAGUGUGGAAAACUAAUUGACAACGGUCCAGUUUCUUAUGAGCUGUAAAUAUAUUUGUUUUCGCGCCCUGUAAAGAAGAUCACUGUACUGAUUUUUUUCUAACUUAUCAGGAACAGAUAUUAAAAUUGUGUGGAAAAAGUUCGCACACUUAAAGCAGUAAUAAUUAGAUAUUCUGGUGGAAACACAAACACACAUUGACGACGGACAGUUGAGAUUGUCAGUGGGUGCUGCAAAACUGUGACAAUAAAGUGUAUCGUUAGCGUAGAAUAUAAUAUCCGUGACCUAUUACAGGAACGCUGCUCUGGUUUCGUACUGUGACAGUUUUUUGCAUUAUUUAGCAUCCUGAUGUGAACUAGAAUUCAUUCUCAAUAACCGUUAAUUGAAUUGCGUUUUCCACCACCAUUUAGGUUUUGACCAUGUCUUUAAUAUACUUGCCUAAUUUCACGGUUACGUAAUGUUAACAGGUUGGCUACAAAGCAAAUGUGCGUUGGAAGAGUGUUUUUUGUGGCCAGGAAGUUAAGAAUUUGAAGGUGUAGUGAUACUUUUAUAGCCCUAUUUUAAGUUAACAUAAUGGCAUUCAGUUUCGGUAAUACUGCAAAAUUCCCAACGCAAACGUCUGCACCAUCUUUUGGUUUUGGCUCCUCGUUAACGACAGCCGCUAAACCGGCAGCCACAGGUUUCUCCUUUAGUACUCCUAGUUUUGGCCUGGGUACUACAGCAGCCACAACAACAACAGGUUUUGGUUUUGGCGGCCUUGGAUCAACGCAGAAUACUGGAUUCAGCUUUGGUGCCACAACCACGACAGCAGCUGGGACUGGUGGAUUUGGUACUGGCAGUUUACAGUUUGGUGCUGGAUCAGCCGUAUCUGGGACAGGAACUGCUCCGACAUUUGGUGGAUUUGGAACUACCGGCCAACAACAAACUGGAUUUGGAUCUUUUGGCGCGUUUGGUGCAAAACCGGCGACAUCAAUAGGAGCAUUUGGAAGCACUGGUUUAUUUUCUCAACCACAACAGCAGCAGUCAUUUUUGCAGCAGCAACAAGCACCUUUGAAAGGGGAAGAGGCCAUUGCAAGGGCUGUGUACUUUGUGCAGAUAUUUGGUGAUGAACGUGAUCAAGUACUGGCAAAAUUUAACAUGCUUCAGGCCUUGUGGGGUUGUGGAAAAGGUUACUAUUUACCUGGCCAACCACCUGUAGAAUUUACUCCUGCUAACCCUUUGUGUCGAUUUAAGGGUAUAGCUUACAGUCGCAGAGUAGAUCCCGAAGAAGCUCGUGAAGGGCUUGUAUUGCUCACGUUUGCAAAGGCAGAGGCAGAUGUGCGAGCUGGCCAGUCGCAGCUUGUCCAGAUCUUGCAAACUGCAUUGGGAGAUAGAGCUACGAUUCACAUCGACAGUAUUCGCUCUGUAGGACCUCAGAGAACAACAGUGAGCCUUUAUGCUGAAGAAGCACAACAGCAGUUAGGAACAGCAAAACGUCGCUGUGGAGCAGCAGAACUGGCAGCGGGCAUACGUCAACAUUUGACCCAGCUGGGUGCAGAGUCAGUGCUGCCCCUUACUCUCCUGUUGUCUCCUGAAGUGGAACGAUACCUUUCAGAGCCUCCUCCAGGUAUUGAUGCCCGUCUCUGGAAACAAGCACAGGCUGAAAAUCCAGAUUCAGCUAAUCUCAUACCUGUCCCUGUCAUUGGGUUUGAAGCACUUGCAGCACGUGCUAAAGCCCAAGAACGUGAGGCAGCUGCACACUUAGCAGCAUUAGAUCGGUCAGCUGCUGAAGUUUCUACUUUGCGUGCAGCAUUGGCACGUACAGCUGCUAAGGUUUCUGAGCAACGUCGCCGAGCACUUUCGUUGGAGCAUAGAGCACUAGUUGUAGUCGGCAGACAGCAGAUCAGACGUAAAGCAGGGCAAGCGCUUGACCCUCGUGAAGAGGCUCUGUUGAGUCGAUUGCAGGCACUUCAAGCCCAUCUUUCUGCUCCAUCUGUUGUUAAAGCUAGACUGAAUGAAAGUCUGUCUCAGGUACGCUUGAGGCGAGGAGUUGAUGGCACAGCAGGACCAGGAAGUGGUUUACGAAGUUCAGCAAUGUUUGGUGAUGACUUACGAAAAUUUCUGGAAAUGGAACAAGAUGGCAUUGAUCGCCUUGUAGAAGUUGUGCGAUCUGACUUGAAUUCUAUGCGUACUAUUCAGGAAGGACUUUGCAAACUUUUGCCACAGCAGUACAAAUGAGAUUUCACUUAAUUUUGACAAGAAAUGGAAAUAUGUGUGAGAUGUGAUCAUUGUGUUUAUGGUGAGCUUCUACAAUAGAGAUGUUCCUACAGCAUUUGGCUGUUUUGUGAAUGAUAUAUUUUCUGUAACUAUUUUUUUACUCAUUUGUUAAAAUUUUAUUAUUGUGCUUUUGGUGUAUUUUGAAUAUACGACAACUCUCUUGUGCUACAUUUAUAAUUCAUUAAAUUACUACUGCUUCCAGGUCA